UCAAUUCAUCUAUAACUAUAAACUCACAUGGCUCCAGAGGAGCACAAAUGUCUUCCCACUUGAUAGGCUCCGUUCUCCAAAUCCAUCAAUACAUCCAAUUGGUUAAUACUAUUAGUUUAAUUGAUAUGAAGGAGACUAAUUUAGCAUACUUAAUCGUAUAUGCCAACCCCCUAUUGUCUUAGUGGCCAAUGAAUGUCAACACCGGAUUAUAUCAAAGUUGAUAUUUAAAUUUUAAAAGGAUACUAAUAAAGCAACCAGACAAUAUAUAAAUAGUUGCUCGUGCCACUGUGCGUGUAGACAUAAUGUUGUCAUUCUGGAGUUGUUGAUGAUUUUGUGAUUAUAUAUGAUUUCCGAGAGACGUCAAGUGCUUUUCUAUGAAAUAUUUAAGCCAUGGUAUAUUUGUACUUUUCAUGUUUUCUUUACAGAAAGUAUUGUGUGUUGUCAAAUAAUUAUAUCUUUUGAAUUUAGUGUGCGCAUUACAUAAGUAAAAUUUCAAAAGAUGUUAAUUAUAUUACCUAACAUUUUCAUCCACGAAUCUAUCAGUUUGCAUUUCAUCUGCCAAUAGUUUGAGAUAUAAGUCAUCUGAUCAACGCCCAUUAAGAUAGUAAAAUAAUACUAAACAUAGGAUAAGUUAUUAAAAGUAGAUGAUAAGAAACGCAAGGUAUCAAAUGUAGUUGAACGGGUAUCGUGAUGGAAACAAAUAUUAAGUAAGGUGAAGGCGCAUAACAAGUAAAAUAUAUUUUACAUGUAUAUACAAAUGUAUUAAGUCAUUAAAAAUGCGAAAGAAAAGACAAACGAAUGUUAAACGAAAUGAUGAUUAUGGCAUAUUAAGUGGGAAUCCUACGUAGCCCACUUCUGUUGUAUAAACUGUAUCGUUGAUUGUGACUUCAGCAACUAAGUCCCAUAUCUCUCAUACAUUUUCUGUUCUCUAAAUGGUUUUGCUUUCAUACGCAUAUCGAAUACUUCUUAUUCAUACUCCACUUCUCUUAGCCAGGAUUCUGAUCAGAAUUUACAAUUUGUUAAUUGCUUUGAGUGCUAAAUAGAUUAGCAGCUAACCAAUAAUCAAGUGACUAAUCGAUCACUUACUGGUUUACUAAUGGUAUAGGAUCGACAAAGUCAGAGCGAGAAUUGUUUUUAUUUGAUACCGUUAAAGAAAAGAUGCGUAGAACCAGAUCAAUGCAUAUGUUUACAACUUAUUUGAUAAAGUUGUAUCUUGUAUGAAAUUGAGAAUAUUGAUGUGGUAUGUGUGUUAUAUACAGCUUAGAAAGUUGCAAAACUAAGUAGCAUAUGUUUACAAGUACGAUAAUUUCCACAUCUUAAUUACCUACGUUGAACAAAUAUUCAUAUACAUAAAGUAAAAUGUGCAUUACUUUAUAGAUAAAGCAAAGUUUGGAUAUAUGUGGACAAAAAUGAAUGAAAGAAUGUUAAUGGAAUUUGUGUAUAAAUUGGAGCCAAAUAUUGGCACACACUUAUUAUAUUGGAGCCAAGUACUACUACUGGCACACGCCUAUUUAUUAUCCAGUUUAAACUCUCCGGAACACUCACUUGUAGCACCACUCAUCUCAGGUUCACGUGAUUAUAUAAGCUUUGACUACAUACAGAUGAAUCACGGAAGUAGUAAUGUUGGUAAUGAAAUAGACGAGAAUGCUUUGGGAAAGAUGGCCUUUUAUAUCUUACGGUCUGUUGACACGACAAGUACAAAGACAGUAGUCUCCAAGAGGAGAAGUCGAUCGAUGACAGAAACUGGUGAUCUUAAUUCCGUUCCAGCCAUCGGGAUCAGGCCGUUCCCAUUUCUUUUUAUCUUCAAAGAUUUAACCCAUGUAUUCAGUAUGGAUCCAAUUGGGCGAGAGAUACUAAGCAUGGCCUUUCCAGCGGCUUUAGCUUUAGCUUCUGAUCCAGUAGCCUCUCUGAUUGACACUGCUUUUAUAGGACGUUUAGGAGCGGUUGAGCUAGCAGCGGUUGGAGUAUCCAUUGCGAUAUUCCAACAAGCUUCUAGAAUCACGAUAUUCCCAAUUGUGAGCGUCACAACUUCCUUUGUCGCUGAGGAAGACACAUUGGAAAAAAUAAAAGAAGAAGAAGAAGAAGCAAACAAAGCCAAGAAUGUUCAUGCAAAUACUUUGGCUAUUCAAGAUUCCUUGGAAAAAGGCGUUACGUCAACCACAAGUAACAACAAAAACCAGCCGCAGCAAACGCCAGUUGACGUGAAACUAACUUCGGAUACAAAGUCAAACAACGGAAACAAAGCAAAUAAGAAAGGAAAGAAGACUAUCAAAUCAGCAUCAACGGCCAUGAUCAUAGGUUUGACCCUAGGCCUUGUGCAAGCUAUUGUCUUGAUUUUCAGCUCGAAGGUGCUUAUAGGCAUCAUGGGAGUUAAACCGAAUUCGGCAGUUUUAUCACCAGCGCAAAAGUACUUGACCAUACGAGCAUUAGGUGCUCCUGCAUUGCUUUUGUCUCUUUCAAUGCAAGGCAUCUUCCGUGGCUUUAAGGACACCAAAACUCCUCUAUAUGCUACUGUUGCAUCAGAUGGUCUCAAUAUCAUUCUCGACCCCAUUUUCAUAUUUGUGCUUCGUCUUGGCGUCAGCGGUGCCGCCAUUGCUCAUGUCAUUUCUCAGUACUUCAUGCUUCUUAUAUUGUUGAUCCGCCUCGCUAAAGAAGUUAAUUUGAUGCCACCAAAAUUUGGCGACCUACAGUUCGGAAAGUUCAUUAGAAAUGGGGGAUUAAUGCUGGCAAGGACCAUAGCUGUGACAUUUUGUCAGACAUUAGCAGCAUCAAUGGCGGCUCGGCUUGGAACGACACCAAUGGCUGCAUUUCAGAUCUGUUUACAAGUCUGGUUAACGUCUUCUAUGCUCGCCGAUGGUCUUGCCGUUGCUGGUCAGGCGAUUCUGGCUUGUAAUUUUGCCGAAAAGGACUACAACAAAGUGACUGCUGCUGCAUCACGUGUUAUACAGAUGAGUUUGGUGUUAGGACUUGGACUGUCCGUUUUUGUCGGACUGGGUCUAUACUUUGGUUCCGGGGUAUUCUCCAAGGAUCCUGCCGUUAUUCAUCUCAUAGCCAUUGGAAUACCGUUUGUAGCAGCGACACAGCCAAUAAACUCACUCACUUUUGUAUUGGACGGAGUCAAUUUUGGAGCAUCUGAUUUUGCUUACACUGCAUACUCCAUGGUAGGAGUUGCGGCCGUAAGCAUUGCAGCAGUUAUUUACAUGGCGAAGGUCAAUGGUUUUGUAGGAAUAUGGAUAGCUCUUACGAUCUAUAUGGGUCUCCGUGCUGUUACAGGAAUUGGCAGGAUGGCAACAGGAACCGGACCGUGGAAAUUCUUGCGUGGACGAUCCCCUUCAUCUUCCUAGGACUUUAGUUAUAAUGAGAUGCAUCUUUUUCAUUUUUUUGUUUAUAUAUCUCUUGUGUCUUAUUUUGUUCUCUUAAACAGUCUCAGAUAAAUAGUUGGUUCAAACUUUAUGUGUUUCUGCAUAUUCACGCAUAAAGGAGCCCUGCAGGCUGGGCUAGACAUUUUCUUUGUGGAAAGGUUUGGUUAGGCUAGGUGGUUCAGAAAGUUCCAACGUAUCUUUGGUGUUUACCAGAGAACAAUAAAGAAACUGUUAUUAGUCCUUGGGGUUGUUAAAUUUGUUGCCUCCUUCAUAAA